GGCGACGUUUUGUUUGGCGUUGCGUUGUUGGUACGUGAAAACGUGAAUUUUUGUUUAUUCGGUAUUUAGCUGCGAAGAAUGGCUGUGCGUGGUGUUGUUACGCGUUAUAAUUAUUUGUUAAUUGAUGUGAAUCGUGUUUUAAAUAUUCCUUUAAUUCACCAUAGAUCGAAUGUGAAAAAGCUGCAUUGUUGCCGAUCACGAAACCAUUGGAGGUGUUUCAGUGAUGAUCGUAGUCGAAUUUUAUCAUCGUUUGUGCCUAGAAGACAUCUGACUCAAGAUGCUAACGAAAGAGUCCCAAGUUCCGGGUCAAGUUUACCAGAAACCACGGGCGCCGAAGAAAAGAAGGAGGACCACCAGAUAACGAUAGACUACUACAGAGGACUACCUCGAAUCACCGUACCGUUACCAUCACGCAACGAAAAAUGCAGAUUUACCUUAAAACCGAUUUCCAACACUGUGGGGGAUCUUACCAGUAUGAUUCAGCAGGAGGAUCGUGGAAUCGACAGGGUUGUACUUUCUACUAAAGAUGGUGUUAGAAUUGCCUCGUCUUGCAGUAUUGAAAUAUUAUUACAAGAAGAAGAAGUGUAUGUUACGAUAAACGACAAACGUUACAGAAUCGAAAUACCGACUGCGAUUAGGAAGUCUUUCACUAAGGAUGACCUAGAAAAAUUAUCCGAAGUUAGAAUACUAAUAUCGCAACUAUACGAGACGUUGAACGUUAAAGAAUACCACGUUAUGAAAGAACAAGAGCUAAUGACGAAACUCGAAAAAAUCCAGUCUUCCUUACAGCCAUUAGAAGAGCAACGUGCUCUUCUGGAGAAAAAAGCUGGCAACAGGACUUCGGUGCUAACGUGGGUUGGUUUAAGCAUGAUGGGGGUGCAAUUUGGCGUAUUGGCCAGGCUUACGUGGUGGGAAUACUCGUGGGAUAUUAUGGAACCCGUAACAUAUUUCGUUACCUAUGGCACUGCUAUGGCUACCUACGCUUACUUCGCGCUUACAAAACAAGAUUACAUUCUGCCAGAAAUUCGAGACAGGCAGCAUUUAUUAACGUUGCAUAAAAAAGCCAACAAGCUGGGAUUCGAUUUACACCAGUAUAAUUCGUUAAGAGAUCAAUUAGCUUUAGUUAAAACCGAUUUGGAUAGAUUACGCGAUCCUCUAAUACCGCCUCAAAAACUAUCAAAAUUAUAUUCGCAUCCUUCUGAAACCAGCGGAGAUUUAGAUGUCACCAGACAACCAUCGGCAUUGGAUCAAAUCAAAACAUACAUGACUGUAAUUUUAAAUAAAACUAAAAAAUCCUAAGACCUGUUUCCUAUCGUGAUUGUGGGUUUUGCCUUCGUUUUUGUUUUUUAAAUCUCUCGCUUUCAAAAGUGAAUUUUGUACAUAGACUCAGGACUCUUGUUGAAACUGGACACUCGAGAUAGUAUUUUAUUUUCUUCCAUUGUUACAUACUCGUAUUAUUUUUGUUUUUCGUUUUUUUUUCUUCUUCAUAUUCGACGUGUUUUUUGAAAGGAAAAAAAAUUGCUUUAUCCUUACGUGUAUUUUUUUGUCGAGGAUGCGCGGUGUAUUGCUCAGUAUUAUGAUCGCAUUUUAACCUACUUCUUAUGAUGUAUCGCGUACCUUACCCCUUACCUUACUUUACCUAUUAUUACUCGUGUAUGUAAUGUAAUUUUGUGUGUAAAUGUGUGGCGAUAGUGGUAACACUGUUGAGCCAUUGUGAUUAAAUUUAAUUUCUGUCUUAAGAUCUGAAAAAAAAAACAUGUGGUACUUAUAUCUUUUAAGAAUUGUUUAAAUAUUGUAAUCGUGUCAAGUUGGUACAUUGUGAUAUGAUUGGAAUUAUUCGAGGCUCGAAAUAGUACUCAUAAUAUACUUGGAAUAGAAAAAGGAAUACCGUCACUGGGGGUGAAUUUAAAAUUUCGACUUAUUUAAGUAAAAAUAUCGCAAAACUAACCACAGUUCGAUUCAGAAAGGUUCAUCGCUAAGACCAAAUUGUUCGAUCUAAACCUUUAAAGGGUAACUUUGAAACCAUAGAUUACUGAAUCGGUUUCGUUUAAUUUUGUUAACAGAUAAUUUCUGUUUGUGCCAUUCAAAAUGGCUAAAUCAUGUUUUUUUCAAUCGGUUUUCUCAUUCUCACAAAUUCACAAAAACUAAAAAAAAAAUUCAAAGUCACCCCCAGUGACAGUAUAAUAAAAUUUGCCAACAACUAUUAAGAAUCUAUGAUUCUUGGAUGAUAAUAACGUAUUUUUUUAACUUUGCACUUUGAUUCUUUCGCUAAUUUUUGAACUUUUCAUUCACAUUACUGUUUUUUUUUUUUUUUUUUGUUAUUUUGUUUUUCAUGUUCUACGUCUUUACCAUUUCUUAAUGCGUAGGUAGUGUGAUUUGUUAUUUCGUUCUAACCAGAGCUUCGUUGUAAUUUAAUUUUUGUACGUGAAAUGUAGGUUUCCUCCUCUUACCCUCCUCAUCGGUGUAUUCAUUUUCCUAAAACUACAGCUGAUUAUGAUAUUGGAAACAUUUUGGAAAUAUGUUUUCUAUAACAUCACGAAAAAAGAAACUUGAAUUUCGUUUUGUUUCGAGUUAUUUCAAAAAUUCAUAUUUUUUCGUUUUUUUUUCUUUUUUAAAUCACAGGGUGUUUGAAAAGUGAGUGAUCGAUGUAAAAAUUUUAAUAAAUAACCAAAUAAUAAAACAAUUUCAGAGCUACAAGCUGUAUAUCAAGAAAGUUAGAGAGAUUAUUUUUUGGGGGGGGGGGGAGAAAAGAAAUUUGAUCCAGGAGGGAAAAAAUGAGGAAAUGUAUAAAAUUCGAUUCAGUGAUUUCUUAUGCAAAUUUUAAAUCAAUUUUGAAAAUGGAUAGUUUUUUUAAAAAGUGAAAAAAAUAGUGGGGGAGGAGGGGUCCAGGAGAUUAAUUGUACUGAUGUUAAAUAGUUGAGUUUUCCCUUUAAAAGUUCGAAUUUUAUUGGUAUUUUUAUGAAGUUUCAGUUUGAGUUAUUUAUUUUCAAGAAACUUGUUUUCCAUUAAAAUGUUGGACUGAAAAACAGAACUUAUUUCUUAUGAAAAAUUGAAACAUCGUUUCAUCAUGAUACUAAAAUAAAAAACUAAAAAACGAAGAAAAAAAAUUGAAAUUAUUUUUAAUCCAAAAUUAGAAUUGAAAAUUUUUUUUUUAUAUGUAUUAUGGUUUUUAUUAAUGAUAGAAUAAAAGACAAAACUAUAAAAAAAUUUGUAACACUGUAAAAAAAAAUUCAAAAUUGAAAAAUGAAGUUUCCCUUCCUCUUUACCCUUUCCUUAGAACUCGCCUGUCACAAAACAUAGCGACUUUUGAUGAUCUUUUCGUAUUAACGACUGAUCGAUUAUACCAUUAAAAUAUAACCAAAUAUGUAUUCCUUUUUGUUUUAUAUUUCAUGUGCAUAUACCUACCUACCUACCUACUCACGGUUUUGUAUGUUAUACUCAUCAAACAAUCAGUUACGUUGUUGUAAUUUUUAUUUUUCUCUUUCUUCUUCUUUUUUUUUUUUUUUUUUAAAUAAUAAAUAUACUUCUUUUUCCACAGACGAGUGGGA